UCAUGCUGCUGCCAGGUCCAGAGUCUCUCAUGGGUCCCUGUACGGCCUCCCAUUGCUGCUGUCUCCAUCGCCACACUCUGCCAUGUGCCACUUUCAGGUCUCCUCACACACUGCUGGUGUGUUGAAUUUUUUGACAUAGGGUGCUGGCAGAUUACGGGCCUCCCAUAGCUGCUGCCAGGCCCCUAAUCUGCCAUAGGCCCCUAUAUACCGCCUCCUCAUGCUGCUGCCAGGUCCAGAGUCUCUCAUGGGUCCCUGUACGGCCUCCCAUUGCUGCUGUCUCCAUCGCCACACUCUGCCAUGUGCCA